AUGUCUGCGCGGCAGGAAUAUCACCGUUUUGACUGCAUACCGGGAAUUGUAGGGGUGGGAACAAGGAAGAAGACACUGGUGGAGACUGACACCUUUUUCCUGGAGGCUGUGCACCUUGGAGAUUUGUGUAAGAUUGUGAUAGGCCAUGAUGGACUUGGCCCAGGAAAUGGCUGGUUUCUUGAUGAUGUUGUUAUCAAGGAUCCCACAACAAAUUACGAAUAUGUGUUCUUCUGUCACAGAUGGCUAGAUCAGGGGGAAGAUGAUUGUAAAAUUGUCAGAGAACUGUAUGCCAGGGAUAACAGUAUCUUCUCUGCAAGGCAGAAGCUGGAACUUAAGAGAAAAGAAACAUGGACUGCAGAAAGCUGGAAGUUUACAAAAGGAAAUACUCUUCAGUUCUAUAACAAGCUGACUGGAGGGUUUGUCCGUUUGCAUCCAGAUGGCACAGUUGAUGCCAUUGGAGAGAAGACAGACAAAUAUGGUGUCUUUGAUGUUAUUUUCAAUGAAAGAAAUAUAUGCAUUUUCCAAAGUCAUGAGAUAAGGCAUCUUUCUCUUGCUCUUGACAAUGGCAUUGUCACUGGAAUGGUUAGUGGUGAAGCCACCACUGAGCUGCGGGUGCUUUAUCAGCCUAAUCGCUGUGCACUUCUUGAGUCGGCACUGGUUCCUGGUCACACAGUUGUUUUUGAUCGUCAUGGCAAAAUAGCUGAUGCAUCAUCAGGCUAUGCAAACCUUUCAAAAGAAUUUGUGAUUUUUGUCAAGGGGGUGUUCCUCAACAGUGCUGUGGUUCUACUUGCUACAAGCCUGUGUCAGGCCCUAUGUCUACAGCCUGAUGGAAGCUGCACUGGAGUGGGAAGCCAGUCUGAAAAAUCAUACUGGAAAGUGCAUAAAAUCAGCUCUGGGAUUUGUAUGUUUGAAAGUGUGAAAAAUGCACAAAUGUAUCUAAGAAUCAAGGAUGGCCGAUGCGAUGGAACCGGUACAGGAGAUGUCUACUGUCAUUUUAAAAUUAAGAAGAACUUGGAGAAUGCAUCCAUAAGCCUGGAAUCUACGAAGAGCCCAGGAUUGUUUGUUGGCCUUCAGUCGGAUGGGCAGGCAAAACCAAUGAUUUAUACCAAGGAUGAGAAUGUUUGCUUCUAUCCACAAGUCAUCCAAUUUGGCAGAGAAAACCCAAUGGGAAUGUCUGCAACACCCAGCCAAGAAGAAGAAAAGAUCCAUGAGUCAAAAAAGCAGAAAAAAAUACCCCCAGAAUCUGAGGAUAGGAGUCCCUUACCUUCUUCAACUGCAAAAGAAAUCAGACAUUUCCAAAGUGGUAAGACUCUUCUGUCAGAAGAUGAAUGGAAGGUGUUAGUGCUGACGGGAAAUACAGGAACUCGAGCCAAUGUCACUCUCUGGGUGUAUGGAGAUAAAGGAGUCACUGGGCCAAUAAGUCUUCGCAAGGACAGCUCAGAGCAGCUCUUCCUUCCAGGACAGGAGGAUGAGUUUCAGGUUGAAAUAAGAAGCAUUGGAAACAUAUAUAAGAUAAGGAUAGGACAUGAUGGAACCAGUGAGCAACCCGAGUGGAAAUUGCAGAGGGUGACCAUGCAACAUACGAAAAGCAAGAAGAUCCUAGAUUUUGCAGCAAACGUGUGGCUCUCUCGGAUUCAGGCAGAUGGGGAUGUUGUCUGUGAGCUUCCUGUAGUAAAAGGAGGACAAGCUAUUUUUCCAUUAGUGAGAUAUCAGGUUGACGUCUACACUGGGAAGCUGAAGCAUGCAGAAACGGAGUCUGAGGUUUUCCUCUGUCUCUUUGGGGAGAGGGGAGACUCUGGCCUCAGACUGCUGUACAAAUCUAACAUGCAAGUAAAAUUUCAAAGAGGACAGAUUGAUAAAUUUCAAGUAGCAGCAGUGUCGCUUGGAAAACUGCAGAAGGUGCUGUUGCGCUGUGAGGCCAGUGACAAAUCACAGUACUGGUACUGUGAACAAGUCGUAGUCAGAGAGCCGGGCACCACAUCCAAGUCCAUCUUCACCUGUCAAAGAUGGCUUCCUUUCAUGUCUCAGGGCAUAAUUCAUUCAGAAAUUGAACUUUAUCUUCAAGGUGAGGAUUACUGAAACCAUCGGUAGAAGAAAGUACAAGAUGAUUUUGUUACAUCUGGACAUCAUGGAACACUAUUCCCCAGUUUUCCUCAGAACAGCCCCUUUGAUCAUUUAUCUUUUAUUGUUGGAUUUAUAGUAUUCCUUACAGUGAAAUAAAAACAUAUGUAAAUCUGUGUCUUA